AUGUACCAAACUGAUGAUUCAAUAUUUACGGCCUGCUCUUAUCCACAUCUACAGAAUGUCAAUGUUAUUCAUAUGGACAUCAGGAAUCCCAGGGUCAACAAAAUUUUGUCCAUGCCGCCCAACUCCACAGGUGUUUGUUGUUGUAGGUAUGAAGCGCUCGACAGAAAUUAUACCAGCCUACAACAAUUUGUGCUCUACCAACAGAUGGCUUGUGAGCAGCAACAUCCUGUGGCCUGUCUCUGCACCAACAAUAGACUAGCAUCAAAAUUUGUUCAAAGGACAGAUGGCUCUUUUGAAAAAUGA